AUGGUGGACGAGAUGGUAUCAAGAGAUCCCAUCGACGAACCACCAGCAUACCUUAGAGUCACCAAGAUGCCUCCACCACCGCAAUACGACGGGAAGGACGAUCUUAAUGCAUUCGAGGUCUGGCUACAGAAAUUGCUGGAAUACUUCAAGACUCUCCGCAUCACUGGCAAUGCCAUGGAUGCGGAUCGCCUAUGGAUAUUGGGGCAAAGUCUUAAAGACGACGCCGCUAACUGGUUCUUUCUGAACGUGCAGUCACCGAACCGUGAAGUACGACAGUGGUACUUCGAGGAUGCAGUGACGCACCUCCACCGACGAUUCCUACACAAGGACUCGGAGCUGAUAGCAUCCGAGAAGUACGACAAGGCGACGUACAGCUUAUCACGCGGAGGUGUGAGCGAGCUAUACAACAGGCUAUUACACCACGCAGAUCGCAUGGUGCAAUACCCAAUGGAAUAUGCAUUCCGGAAGAGGUUUAUGGACGCAUUACCGCUACCAAUGGUAGAAGUAAUGCGUCUAGCCCACCUACUAUCGCCUGAGAAACACACCAUCGAUGCACUGUAUCGAUCGGCUUUGGCGAUCGAACAGGGCAACGGAUGGCUGGACCAAUACCGUACAUACAAGGACCGCCGACAGCCUCAGAAGACCGGGGACCAUACGGGGACCCGGAGUUCAAGUAAGGCUGUGUCAUUCCUCGCGCCGAUGAUAUCAUCGAUGGGAGAUACACGACCUAGCUACCGCCCGCAAGGACAAGGACAAGGAGGGGCACACCCAGGACAUGCACGGCAGGCCGGUAAUGCUGGCCGUAGAAUGACAAACCCAUGCGACGGACAACGUCAUGGGGGCGGUCGUCCUACUACAAACCUGGCAGUCUCGGGAUUGAGACCACCAGCGAAUAACAAGGCGACGAACGCAAACGUCACUUGUUAUUCUUGCAGUGGCAAGGGCCACUUCUCGACAGACCCGACGUGCCCGAACUACGGUAAACCUUGGCCAGCGCGACUACACGCACAAUGUGUAGUCGAUGACCACUCCGAGGAUGAGGAACAAGCAAACUAA